GUCAGUUGCAGAGUCGGAACCCUCCAGUCUCACUCGCGCCGCGGUAAACAGCUGAUCUGCGGGCUUUUAAAACGCUAGGACCCAGCGGCUAUACCAUGACUUCCCGGCUGGACUGCGAGCACGAGGAAGGACGAAGCCCGGGGAGGGACGCGCAGCCGGGACCGGAAGGAAAAGGGGAGUGCUGGGCCGCCCGCCACACACUCGCUCUGUUGGGGUUCCUGGGUCUCGCCGUCGAGUAUUCGCUGCGCGUGAACCUCUCCAUCGCCAUCGUGGCCAUGGCGGGCACGAGCGAGGUCAACGCCACGACCAACGCCUCCCUGGAUGUGUGUCCUGUCAGAGAUAAUGGCACAGACCCGGGAGGGAACCAUGUGGAGGGGGAGUUCGCCUGGGACGAGGAGACGCAGGGCCUGAUCCUCGGCGCCUUCUUCUACGGGUACACGGCCACCAACUUUCUCGGAGGGCGCCUGGCGGAGUACCUCGGAGGGAGGCUGGUCUUCGGCCUCGGUUCGGGCCUGGCCUCGCUCCUCGCCCUCCUCUCGCCUCUGUGCGCGAGAAUUUCCACAGGACUCUUCGUGGCUUCGAGAGUCCUGACUGGGGUUUCGCAGGGAGUUACAUUUCCGGCUCUAAAUUCCUUGAUGGCUACCUGGUUUCCCCCUGAAGAAAGAGCCAAACUCGGGUCCUUCGUUUAUGGAGGAAUGCAGUUCGGCACCAUCAUUGGCCUAACCUUGAGCGGCUGGCUGUGUAACUCGGGGUUCCUGGGGGGUUGGCCCUCGGUCUUCUACGUCUUCGGGGGCGUGGGGUUAGCGUGGGGGGUUCCUUGGUUCCUCCUCAUUCACGACCGACCCGAAGGACACCCCAGGAUCUCUAAACAGGAACUUGAUUAUAUUCAGGGGCAGCAGGACACCGUCAAAGGCGUGGAGAGAGUGCCGAUCCCCUGGAAAGCGAUGGUGACGUCGCCGCCGAUGUGGUCCAGCGCCAUCAUGGCCUUCGGCGGGAGUUUUGGCUUCUACACCCUCUUGACGGAGAUGCCCACCUACCUCGCCAACAUCCAGCACUUCAAUGUCAAAAGUAAUGGGUUGCUGUCUGGAUUGCCGUACGCCUGUAUGCUGUGUACUACCUUGGCGUGGGGCAUCGUGGUGGACAGACUCCUGGCGGCCAAGUGUCUCUCCCUCAAAGGAGUGAGACGGAUUUCCACAGGCAUUGCCAAUUACGUGGCCGCCCUCGCACUAAUAGCGAUGUGUUUCGUGGACUGCAACUCCUCCGCGGCGAUGGUAGUGCUAUGCAUCUCCGUCGGAAUCUCCGGCUGCGUCUACAGCGGGUCUUGCCUCACUGAGCAGGACAUCGCACCCAACCUGGCCGGGACGCUGACGGGGAUCACCAACACUCUAGGAUCUGCUACAGGUUUCCUUGCCCCGGCUGUUGCUGGUGCUAUCACUAUGGACAACAAUAAAUCUAUCCACGCAUGGAGAGAAGUGUUCUUGAUGUCAGCUGGUAUACUGACAGUCGCGACAUCCCUCUACAUGGUACUGAUGUCCGUUGAGGUACAGCCUUGGAAUAACCCGGAAAAGGUCAAAGUGGAGACUAAAUUGAAAAUAGAAAACGGCUUCGCUCACAAUUCGAGAUGACCACGAAGUUGACCUAGUAAUGGAAAUAAUGGUGAAGUAAAGAAGAUAAUAGUAAAGAAAUAAUGGUUAGAAAAGUAAUGAAAAUAAUGGUAUAAAAAGUAAUGAAAAUAAUGGUAUAAAAAGUAAUGGUAAUAAUGGUAAAUAAAGUAAUGAAAAUAAUUGUAAUAAAUAUUAUGAUAAAUAAAGUAAUGAAAAUAAUUGUAAUAAAUAUUAUGAUAAAUAAAGUAAUGAAAAUAAUUUUAAUAAAUAUUAUGAUAAAUAAAGUAAUGAAAAUAAUUGUAAUAAAUAUUAUGAUAAAUAAAGUAAUGAAAAUAAUUGUAACAAAUAUUAUGAUAAAUAAAGUAAUGAAAAUAAUUGUAAUGAAUAUUAUGAUAAAUAAAGUAAUGAAAAUAAUUGUAAUAAAAAUUAUGAUAAAUAAAGUAACGAAAACAAUGAUAACAAAGUAAUAAAAAUAACGAUAAUUAAAGUAAAAGCAACAGUAACAUUGGUGCUGAUUUUAGUGACAAUGAUAAAAACACUCAAACAAACAUCACAUAUAUAGUCAGACACAAGUUGCUAAAAUGUAAAAAAUAAAAAAUAUCUAUUUGGGGGAAGUUUUGUAAGCUGUUCUUAAUAAAGGUGAAUCUUUUUAAA